AGUUUAAGAUUGCAAGCUCGCAGACAACUGCCUCCUCCGCCGCUGCGACGCCAUGUGAACCGAGAGGACAUCCUUAAAUCCGCCGCGGGAAGGCCGCUGUCCGCUUUAGUUUCCCCACUUUCAUGGACCCCGCUCCUCGUAGGAACACGAAGCCCCAUGCUGUCGUGAUCCCGUACCCGUCCCAGGGCCAUGUGACCCCGCUCAUCGCCCUGGCGAAGCUCCUCCAUUCCCGGGGCUUCCACAUCACCUUUGUCAACACCGAGUUCAACCACCGCCGCCUGGUCCGGUCCCAUGGCGCCCACUUUAUGGAGGGCUUGCCCGAUUUCCAGUUCCAGGCCAUCCCUGAUGGACUCCCGCCAUCCAAUCAGGACGCUACCCAGCACGUCCCCUCGCUCUGUGACUCGGUAAGGAAGAACUGCCUAGGACCGUUCAGGGAGCUGCUGGCUCGGCUGAACUCCUGCCCUGAGCUGCCCAAGGUGAGCUGCGUGGUGGCAGACGGAGUCAUGAGCUUCGGAAUAGAUGCUGCGGCGGAGCUUGGGGUACCCGCGGUUCAGUUCUGGACCGCUUCGGCUUGCAGCUUCAUGGCUUACCUCCACUACCGCGAGCUUGUCCGGAGAGGGAUCUUUCCGUUUAAAGAUGAUAAUUUCAUGGUCGACUUCACACUUGAGACGCCCAUUGACUGGAUCCCUGGCAUGAGAAACAUUCGACUCAGGGAUAUUCCUAGCCACAUAAGAACGACAAAUCCCGAUAGCAUAAUGUUCGACUUCAUGGGUGAAGAAGCGCAGAACUGCCUCAAAUCCACCGCCAUCCUUUUCAACACCUUCGAUGCAUUCGAGCACGAGGUCCUAUCUGCAAUUGCAGACAAGUUCCCUGACAUCUACACCAUUGGUCCCAUCCCUCUCAUGACCCAUCACAUUGUGCACGAACCCGACUUAAAGGCAGUGCAGUCUAGCCUAUGGAAAGAAGACAUGAAGUGCCUCGAGUGGCUCGACAAGAGAGAGCCCGAAUCAGUCGUGUACGUGAACUUUGGCAGCGUCACAGUGAUGACGGAGCAGCACCUGAGAGAGUUCGCCUGGGGUCUUGCCAAUAGCAAUUGCCCGUUUCUAUGGAUCGUAAGGAAGGACAUUGUAAUGGGGGAUUCCGCGACGCUGCCUGCAGAGUUCUCGGAUGACGUCAAGGAGAGAGGGCUUCUUGUGGAUUGGUGCCCGCAGUAUGACGUUCUGAAGCACCCUGCAGUCGGGGCCUUCUUGACGCACUGCGGAUGGAACUCUGUGAUGGAGAGCGUGUGCGCAGGCGUGCCGAUGAUCUGCUGGCCAUUCUUUGCAGACCAGCAGACGAACUGUCGGUACGCAUGCACGGAAUGGGGGACGGGCGUGGAGGUGGAUGGGGACGUGAGAAGGGAGGAGAUUGAGUCGAUGGUUCGGGAAGUGAUGGGAGGGGAGAAAGGCUGGGAAAUGAGGGAGAGAGCUCAGUAUUGGAAGAAGGAGGCCGAGGCGGCCAAUUCGGUUGGUGGUUUGUCUCGCACCGCCUUCGAUCGGUUUCUAAAGGAAGUUCUCCAUCACGAGGGAUAUGAUAUAUAUUAGGUGUCUAAACCUCGUAGAACACAUGGAUUCGGGUAUAAUUUCCAUUCGAGAGUCUCAGUCUCGUGCACAUAAGAGUUGUGAUUAGGAUAAUAAAAUCCGGGUAUUGAGCAUUUUCUGUUUCCCCUUCCAAUGGGAAGAUAAUUUCACUGAAAGCAUGGAUGGACCGAUCGAGGGCUAGCAGGCUAGUCUACGUCUCCCGUACCUUAUAGAGAGGAGAAAAGGAAUAUGCAGCAAGAUCAGACACGGGACAAGCACACAAUACUGCAUAAAUUUGGAUGACAUUUUCACUUGAUUACUCGACGAUGGAAAUUGUGAAACGGUUCAUAGACAUAGUUUAUCAUGCGAUCCGCCAACCCUUGUGUAGGUUAGGUAGGUCCUUGUUGGUUAGGUAGGUCCAUAGAACUAGUUGGCAAGAGCCCCUGGCCUAAAAAUAUGGUGAGACCAUAGCACUUCCAUAAAGAAUUGGGUUUUGUUAGCUAAUUGACCCGAAAAAGCCGAAUAAAAACAGAAUAACCUUCUCUGUGAA